AUGCACACAGAAGAGUGGCCAAGCUCAGAAUUAGGCUAUAGAAUCGAAUCCACUAUAGGCGCAGGCUCUUUAGGAAUAGUCUACUCAGCCACAGUCACAGAAGGUUUAAAUAUCGGCUCCAAGGUUGCAAUAAAAGUGGUAAAUCUUGACCAAUACUCCAAUCUCAAUAUAGAAGACAUCCGUAAAGAAAUCCAAACAAUGCGGCCAAUUUAUCAUCCUUCCAUUGCAAGCUAUCACAACUGCUUUCUCACAGACAAAAUCCUAUGAAUAAUUAUGCCAUUACUUCAAUGAAAUUUAGAAAGCCUCUUAAAAACUCAAGCGCCUACAGGAUUUUCAGAUGAAAUUCUUAUUGCUUCAAUAUUAAGAGAUAUCCUUAUCACUUUGAUGUAUUUUCAUCAGCAUAAUAAAGUGCAUAGAGAUAUAAAAUCCAGCAAUAUUUUUAUAAAUCAAGAAGGAAAAGUAAUUUUGUCAGAUUAUGGGAUAGUUUCGAGGAUAAAAGAAAUUGUGACGUUAACUGGGAAUUAUGGAAGCCCUUGCUGGACUGCACCAGAAGUGAUUAAUAAUGCUCCGAGCACUAUUAAAUCCGAUAUAUGAAGCUUUGGAAUUCUUGCUUUGGAGAUUAUUAAAGGAAAGCCACCUUAUAGAGAUUAUCCUCCUUUAAAGGUUAUGAUGAUGAUUACUCAUAAAACCCCUCCAAUUUUAGAUAAAAAAACAAACUGUGAUCAGUUAUUAAAAGAAGUGGUCAAUUUGUGCUUACUUUUUUAUAAACAUUUUUUUUAAAAAAAAAUAAACUUAUAAUAGUGAUUUUAUUAUAAGGCACUGUGCAUAUAAAUUUUUUUGAAAAAAGGGGAAAUUUAGCAUUGGAUUCGCAAAGAAGACCUAAUGCUGAUGAUUUAUUGAAGAAAAAGUUUUUUUUUAAUUCAAAAGGAGUUGAGUAUGUAAGGGAUAUUCUAAUGAGCUCAGUAAUAGCAUCUUCUAGAGAAUCAAGUUCUGAGGGCAAUGCAGAAGAGCAGAAGCAUCCAAGAAAUUUAAAAGUUCCAAUAUGAAAUUUUGAUAGCACCUCACCAAGAGUGCCAAUUGCAAAAGGUGAAGAUCCUUUUGAUAUGAUGUCAGAUAAUGAUGAGUUGUAA